AUGUCCGGGCAGCUGAGUGCAGAUGCUUCCUCGAGCUUCAGGCAGAAGCUUUUGGACAUUCAGGGCCACCCUCCAGAUGAAGAUCCUGGUAUGGAGUCCCAGAGCCACAGUCCCAUUGGCUCUGCUCCCAGGAGCCCCUCCAGUUUUGGAGCUGAUGUUUCUGCUCAUGCUGCUGUUUUCACUGGAGCCACGUCCUUCCAGGGACAGUUAUGUGAGCUAGGGCCUGCUCAAUGUGGACACAGUCCAGUGGAGCAGGACUCGGACCUGCUGUGUGGCUGGGGGUCUCUGAGGCUCAAAGCUCUCCAAGUGUUCAACACUCCUCACUGGGUUCUUUUCUUUCUGUCUAUGGCUGCUUUACUCCAAGGUAUGAUCAUAAACGGCUUUGUUGGCUCUGUAGUGACCUCCAUCGAGAGGCGCUUUGACCUGAGCAGCUCCCAGUCCGGCCUCAUCGUCAGUGCUUAUGACAUUGCUGCCUGUGUGUGUCUGCCUUUUGCCAGUUACUUUGGGGGGAAUGGGCACAAGCCUCGUUGGCUGGGCCAGGGCAUCAUGAUCAUGGGUUUGGGCUCUUUGGUGUUUGCCCUUCCUCACUUCACCACACCUCCAUACCAGGCCACUGCUCCAGAGAAAUCAGAUCUGUGUUCAGCCAACAGCUCUGACUUCUCCGAUAACAGGGCCAGUGAUGGGCUGUCCAACUAUUUCUUUGUCUUCAUUUUGGGACAGAUUUUACAUGGCAUUGGAGCAACACCUCUUUUCACAUUAGGAUUCACUUUUCUGGAUGAUAAUGUCAAAGCAAGCAAUGCACCAAUUUAUAUGGGCAUCUUCUACACAGCGGCCACGUUUGGCCCAGCAGUUGGUUCACUGUUGGGGGGAUACUUCCUCAGCUUUUAUUCUGAAGUAACACUCGACACAGAGAUGACUCCAGCAAGUCCUUUGUGGGUGGGGGCCUGGUGGAUUGGGUUCAUUUUGUGUGGAACUCUGAGUCUUCCAGUUGGUUUUGCCAUUCUGGGGUAUCCUAAAAAACUACAAGGCUCCCAGGGGACCAUUACUACAUGUGAGCCUCCCCAGGACAAAGAGGGCAGCCUCACCACAGUAUCAGAAGCACAGUACAGACACACUCUCAAAGACAUGCUGAGAUCUGUUCUUCUUCUCUGUACAAAUCCCACUUUCAUGUUUCUGUGUUUGGCUGGAGCUCCAGUGUCUGGGCAGUUAUCAGCUCUGAGUGCAUUUUUGAUCAAGUACAUUCAGUCACAGUUUAGACUCAGUUCUUCGGAUGCAGCAAUGCUUUUCGGUAUAAUGAUUCCAAUCUCAGGACUUGGGACUCUCUUUGGUAGCUACUUUAUGAAAAGAUUUAAGAUGCAAAUUCGAGGCAUGAUCGGAUUUUGCAUUGUAUGUACUGUGCUCGGACUGUUUGCAAAUUUCAUGUUCUUCAUCCACUGCCCAACUGUUCCCUUGGCUGGUGUAAAUGUGCCAUACCCAAAUCAGCUGGAGAACCCUAUGUUAGAGAAGAUAGACAGGACCAGUCUACAUCAGCUGAACAGCUCCUCUGUGAAUGAGCAGCUUACAUCUCAGUGUAACAUUAACUGCACUUGUGACAAAGUGUUCAGGCCUGUGUGUGGAGCAGAUCAUGUCAUGUACUUCUCUCCCUGCUACGCCGGCUGUACCUCCAUCAACCUCACAUCCAGUGGAGAGGUGUACACAGGCUGCAGUUGUGUGAUGGGUAAUGUCUCCUGGGCUCAUGAGCGCGUGGCUGUAGCAGGACAGUGUAAAGGCUCCUGCUCCUUAAUUCCUCUCUUUCUGACCCUCAUGACCAUCUCAGCGUUUUUGACCACCUUCUCCUACCUAGCCCCCAUCACCGCAACACUCAGGUGUGUUCCAGAGAGGCAGAAGUCUUUUGCUCUGGGAAUCCAGUGGAUCCUUGUGCGCACUCUGGGUAAUAUCCCGAGCCCCAUAGUGUUUGGGACUCUGAUUGACAAGGCCUGUCUCCUGUGGCAGAAUAAAGACCAGGGCUCCUGUUUCUUCUACGAAAACUCUCAGAUGAGUUUCUACCUUCUCAUAGCCUGUGUUGUAUACAAGAUUGCAGCAAUACUAUUUUUCAUCUUAGCCUUUGUGUUUUACCGACCCCCACCUGAUCCUUCGCUGGUCGACCCACAGAGUACUGACUGUGCAGCUGAGCAUAUGACUGAACUGCCCUGCUCAACCCCUCCAGAAGGUGGCGCCAUAGUCAAGCAACAAAGUCGAAUAUGA